GUGGAGUUUCUCAACGCAUGGAAGCUGUGCUGUAUUGCAACCUGACUGUAGUAAGGAAGGAAGUAAAUGAUUUGGGGGAUUGGUGACUGUAACGGUACUGUAUCCAUGAAGAAUAAUAUCUCUUUGUACUCAUAAACACUAACUACAUUGCUACGCCCAUUAACAUCGUGGCGGGCUCGGGACUGUUUGCGACACUGUAUACACCAAAGUGGUGAGAGACUGCGAAGUGUAGGCUGCUGCUGCGGGGACGGGGUGGUGCGGGUUAAGGUGGGCCUCGCCCGGAUAUCUGUUUGACUAAAACCUCAUUUCUGCGUAUCAAGAAACGAAGAGCGGGGAAAUAACGUACGAUUGUGUUUUCACUGUGUACACCAUUCUUCGGAAGCACCUUCUAACAAGACUAAGGACUGUCGCGCACUCCCUGAGCCUAAAUGGACAACCUGUGCGAAGCCCUGAAGAAGCUGAAGCUGGCCUCGGCAGACAGCUCCUCUGACAGCGUGGAGGGAGGCCUGGACUGCGUACUCAAAGCCCUGGCCCACAACAAUGCGGAGGCCAGUGAAAAGAUCCAGGAAAUGGGAGUUCUCCCGCUGCUCCCCACCCUGUUGGCCCCACAGUCUUCCUGCACUCCCAAAGUAGCCAACAUCAUAGCUGAGGUUGCCAAAAACGAGUUCAUGAGGAGCCCCUGCGUGGAGGCCGGCCUCAUCCCGCCCCUGGUGCAGCUGCUCAACAGCAAGGACCAGGAGGUUCUGCUCCAGACGGGCCGCGCCCUGGGGAACAUCUGCUACGACAGCCAUGAGGGCAGGAGGGCAGUUGACGAGGCGGGCGGCGCACAGAUAGUAGCCGAGCACAUAAAGUCAAUGUCCCAAAAUACCCAACCGGCCAAUGGGAAGCUCUUGACUGUCUUUUGUGGCAUGCUGAUGAACUAUAGCAAUGAUGAUGAUUCUUUGCAAGCGCAGCUGAUCAACAUGGGCGUGAUUCCCACCCUGGUGAAGCUGCUGGGCAUCCACUCCCAGAACACGGCCCUUACCGAGAUGUGCCUGAUCGCCUUCGGGAACCUGGCGGAGCUGGAGUCGAGCAAGGAGCAGUUCGCCUCCACAAAUAUCGCCGAGGAGCUGGUGAAGCUGUUCCGCAAGCAGGUGGAGAGAGAGAAGAAGGAGAUGAUCUUCGAGGUGCUGGCUCCACUGGCGGAGAACGACGUGAUUAAGCUGCAGCUGGUGGAGGCCGGGCUGGUGGAGUGCCUCCUGGACGUGGUGGCUCAGACGGUGGACGGGGAGCGGGAGGAGGACAUUUCUGAGCUCAAGACCGCCUCAGACCUCAUGGUACUGCUGCUGCUUGGAGAUGAGUCCAUGCAGAAGCUGUUUGAAGGGGGCAAGGGCAGCGUGUUCCAGAGGGUGCUCUCCUGGGUCCCGUCCCACAACCAUCAGCUGCAGCUAGCAGGAGCGCUGGCUAUCGCUAACUUCGCUCGCAAUGACGGGAACUGCAUCCACAUGGUGGACACGGGCAUCGUGCAGAAGCUGCUGGACCUGCUGGACAGACACGUGGACGAGGGCAACGUCACGGUUCAGCACGCCGCCCUCAGCGCCCUGAGGAACCUGGCCAUCCCCGUGGUGAAUAAGUCCAAGAUGCUGGCUGCCGGCGUGUCGGACGUGGUGCUGAAGUUCCUCAAGUCGGAGAUGCCGCCCGUGCAGUUCAAGCUGCUGGGGACGCUACGGAUGCUGAUCGACACGCAAGCCGAUGCUGCUGACCAGCUGGGGACCAAUCAGAAGCUGGUGGAGAGGCUGGUGGAGUGGUGCGAGGCCAAAGACCACGCUGGAGUGAUGGGGGAGUCCAACAGACUGCUGUCCGCUCUCAUCCGGCACAGCAAAUCAAAGGAUGUCGUCAGGACGGUCAUCCAGUGCAGCGGAGUGAAGCACUUGGUAACCAUGGCGACCAGCGAGCACAUGAUCAUGCAGAACGAAGCCCUGGUGGCUCUCGGGCUGAUCGCCGCGCUGAAUCUGGGCAUGGCGGAAAAGGACUUUGUGAGCGCCAGCCUGGUGCAGGUCCUUCACAAGCUGCUGUCCGACGAGAGGAGCGCUCCUGAGAUCAAAUACAACUCCAUGAUCCUCAUCUGCGCAGUCAUGGGCUCGGAGCCUCUCCACAAGGAGGUCCAGGGCCUGGCGUUCCUGGACGUGGUGUCCAAGCUGCGUUCGCACGAGAACAAGACGGUGGCGCACCAGGCGUCGCUGACAGAGCAGAGGUUAACGGUGCAGAGCUAAAGGACUCAAACCCACGCCCCCUACCCCCUUCAAGCCUCACUAUGUGUGCCCCAUUAUCACACCCCCCUCUCCCCCAGCCACCACCACCCCCGCCCCUCUCAGAGUCUCCUGCCGCGCCCAGCCGGCUGCCCCUGCUAGCCGCCCAAACCCCCCCUCACCCCUUCCGCUCCCCAUGCCUGCAUGCGCAGCCCCUGCUCAGCUCCCCGUCCGGGCGCCCUCACGCAACCCUCCGCAAUACGCAACAGCAACACAACCACUUUCGAAAAGACCAUAGCUGUGAUACAAGUCCUCUAAUAAUCAAUAAGAAAAAAGGGAAGAGAUUAAAAAAAUAUAAUAAUGUAAAAAGCCGCCACAUAUCCACCAAGCGUCCGACGUGUCCCUUUGUAGCUUGAAUUCCAGCGUAGUUUGAAACGUGCAUGUUCUAGUCCAGUUGAUGGUGUAACAGUGUUCAGCCCUCACCUGUCCACAGGUGACCCCCCCCCACCCACCCCCCAUGGCCCGACCCAGGCUGUCCGUGUAGAGGUAUAGCGUGUUGUAUCUGGGAGUAAAGGGCCAGAGAGGGGGGGGUCUGUACAGUAAACUGGGAGAAUACCAUCCAGGGCAAUGCCCCCCCCCCCCUUCCCCCCACCACCACCAAAACUCCCCCUCCUGCUCCCAGCCUGUAGCAGAGAUACAGAGUGCCAAUACGCCCCUGUCUUUGGCCUCAAGCAGUUAAAAAAUAAAAGCCAAAAAAAAGAAACAAUAAAAUCCUAAAUAAAAUCUUUAAAAAAAAAUAAUGGUUCAUACGAUUAUAUAAUAAAGACUGAAGUGGUCCAGCGUGCAGUGUGAAACUGUAUUUUGUGUACUGUGCCAGGGGGUUGGUCUGUGUAGCUCAGGAAGGGCUAUGGGUGGGGGCGGAGUUUGGAGGCGGAGCCCCGCUCAGCACGGGUGGCAGGUGAUUGACAGGCGGGAGGUGGUUCUGGCUAGCUGAAGGGCUAGAGCAAAACUGGCCAGAACUCAGCAAGACUGGGGAAAUUAGUCUGGUAACGCCUGCCUUUGAUACGUCACCUCCGCGUACACAUGUGACUGUGCAGAGAUAAUAAAAUAAAAAUAACCUCCCUAGCGGGAUGGCACCUAUGGUGUGGUUGUGGGUGCAGUCCUGAGAGGAACGUCAAGAUGUACAUAUUUGCCAGUGGUACAGUACUGUUUUUACCCUGCCGGACUGGCAGUUUACAGAUUUCCUGUUAUCCCUGAUUUGCUCCAAUCACAAAAAUGCUGCCGUGCCAUCUGGUUGGCUGUGUUCCAGUCCAUAGCCAUUAUUUGUCGGUUUAUUUAAUGUAAUUUAUUAAAGAUUUGUUGUACCCUGAGAAACAAAUCUAUUGGAAACAACCACCAUAACCGCAUAUUUAACUUUGUCUGUUGUAAAUGUCUGCUGCUGUCUUGUACAUUCGAGGAUUAAAACGGAGAAAAUUAAAAACUGUUGCUGGA